AUGAAGCAAUUGCAUGGGGAAUCUAUCGACCAGUUUACAACAAGAUUACGCCAGAAAGCUAAGAAUUGUGAAUUUUCGGACAUUGACUCAGAAAUUAAAAGCCAGAUCAUACAGGGUGUUGUUUCACAAAACAUGAGAAUGCAGUGUUUACAAGAUCCGGAUAAAUCACUUAAUGACUUACUUACAAAAAUGAGAACCAUGGAAAUAUCAAAAACUCAAGCAGCAAAUAUGUCAAAGGAUACAAGUAGUCAGCAAGUAGUGCGGGUAAAAAGCAAUCCUCGAUUUAGCCGUCAAUCAAAGGGAUUAGCACCUAAACGUUAUCAGCAACGUUCAUAUCAAACUAUCCCAGAAGCAAGUUUGUCGUCGGGAAGGCGAAACUACCCUCCAGAACGAAUAAAAAAUGCCGAAAUUGUGGAGGAAAAUAGCGGUUCAUCGUUAAAUAUUAUAAGCGAAAUCGACCUCGAGAAAAUGAAAAUCCGUCCAGAAAUCAAGAAAACGAAAAGAAAAGCAUUCGCAUUUGAGCAGAAAUCUCCACUUCCAUUCAUAGGCAAAUGUUCCCUGCUUGUGGAGUCGGACUCAAAAUUUAUGACAAAAGAUUUCCAUAUCGUUAAAGGCAACAAAGAAUCAUUGAUCAGUUAUGAAUUAUCGGUAGAGCUUGGGAUUUUACCGCAAAUACAAUCAGUUCAUAAAUCAGUUCAAAACAAAGACGCAUAUUCAGGACUUAUUGAAGAAUAUUCUCAAGUUUUCACAGGCUUAGGAUGUCUGAAAGACAGAAAAGUUAAGUUUCAUAUUGAUGAAAGUGUUGUACCUGUAGCUCAACCGCCUAGGAGAGUUCCAUUUCAUGUACGUGCGCAAGUCGAAAAGGAACUGAAAAGUUUAGAGGAAAUGGAUGUCAUUGAAAAGGUUAUAGGUUUACCGACACCAUGGGUUUCGAACUUAGUAGCGGCUCCGAAACCUAAUGCUCCACACGAAGUGAGAGUGUGCGUGGAUAUGAGAAAAGCUAACACCGCAAUCAAAACAGAGAAAAAUGUUUGCCCGACGGUAGAUGAUAAAAUUAUCAUCUUGACGUUAAACGGCGCAACGGUAUUUUCACGUCUAGAUCUGUACAAAGCUUUCCAUCAAAUUGAAUUGGAUGAAGCAUCACGUGUAAUGACAACGUUUCAGACACAUAUUGGACUGUUUCGGUAUAAACGUCUAAAUUUCUGGGUGUCCGCAGCACCGAUAAUUUUCCAAAACGAGCUUCGUCAAGCACUUCAAGGUCUUAAAGGCAUAUUGAAUAUUGCCGACGACAUCGUAUUUUUUGGUAAGACACAGGAAGAACACGACGCCAAUCUUAGAGCUUUACUGCAACGUCUUCAAGAUCGAAACCUCACACUGAACAGCCAAAAAUGUUCAUUCGGACAUUCUAAAAUCAAGUUCUACGGAUAUGUAUUUUCCAAAUCCGGAAUUUCACCCGAUCCUGACAAAGUAGAUGCAGUGAAAAAUAUGGACAGACCAAAAUCAAUAUCCGAAAUUCGUUCAUUUCUAGGUCUUACAAACUAUUUGUCUAAGUUCAUAGAUGGCUAUUCCAGCUUAACUGAACCAUUAAGACGACUAACACAUAAAGAUGUAAAAUUUGAAUGGACUGCCGACCAAGAAAAAUCGUUCACAUCAUUAAAAGAUACCUUAAUAAGUGAUAAGGUCAUGACAUAUUUCGAUCCUAGAAAGGAAACUGAACUCUGGGUCGACGGAAGUCCAGUUGGAUGCUCAGGAAUACUUAUUCAAAACGGCAAAAUAGUAUCAUAUGGAAGCAAAGCAUACAAUUCGGUUCAGACGCGAUAUUCUCAAACAGAAAGAGAAGCUUUGAGUGCUGUCAUCAUGAUUCAGCAUUUCCAUUUGUAUUUAUUCGGCAAGAAAUUUAAACUGAUAACAGAUCAUGCUGCACUUCAAUCAAUCUUCAACAAUAUCAAGACAAUACAGUCACCAAGAUUAGAACGUUGGCGUUUGAAGUUGACAACGUAUGAUUUCCAGACAGUUUAUAGACCAGGUAAAAUGAUGAUAUCAGAUUAUCUUUCCAGGCAUCCACAUGCAAGACACGAAACAAAUACAGUAGCUGAGCAGUAUAUUAGCUUUAUCACAGAUAACGCUUUGCCAGAUGCAUUGAAGCUGUCAGAUGUAGCAAAAGCUACCGAAACGGACUGUAUAUUAAGCUGUGUAAGAAAUGCGUUAGAACAAAAUGACUGGAAAACUCAAAAAUGCAAAUUAGAUGAAAGUUUUCGGUUAUACGAAAAUUUGAAUAAAAAUCAAGAACUUGCAGUUGCAUAUACGAAAGAUGGAUUUGUGCUUUUACGGGGUACAAAACUUUGCAUACCAGAAUGUCUGCAAAAACAAACUGUUAUGCUUUCGCAUGAAGGUCACCAAGGCCAAUCAAAAUGCAAAGGAUUAUUACGUGAAUAUUGCUGGUUUCCACAUAUGGAUAGAAUGGUAGACGAAAUUUGUAGAUCAUGCAUUGUAUGCCAAGCUGCAUCAACAAGAAUUAUUCCAGACCCGAUCAAACCAACAUUACUACCACGAGAUGUGUUUUCUGAAGUCAGUUGUGACUUUUGUGGACCUUUUCCAGACGGUUACAUGUUACUAGUUGUUAUAUGUGACUACAGUAGAUUUCCAGUAUUUGAAAGAAUCAAAUCGACAGCCGCAGAUACAGUCAUACCGCGAUUAGAGGCGAUAUUUUCGAUAUUCGGAUAUCCAGAGGUAGUGAAAACGGACAAUGGACCUCCGUUUCAAAGUCGCGCAUUCAGAGAAUUUGCUGAUAAUUCGGGAUUUAAACAUAAACGAAUCACUCCAUUGCAUCCACAGGCAAAUGGAAUAGUUGAGAGAUUUAUGGCACCACUGCAAAAAGCAAUUAAAACAGCGAUAGCGUCCAGACAAGAUUAUAAAAGAGCGUUAAGUAGAUAUCUUAUGAAUUUUCGGAACACACCACAAACAACUACACAAACAGCUCCUAGUGAAUUGAUGUUUAAUCGUAAAUUAAAGACAAAUUACCUAAAAUGA